UAUGGCUACUCCAAACAACAUGGAUGCUGGCAGGGGAUGUGAAUGAAGGAGCUGGCUGGAGAUGUAACGUGAUAGGAUUAAGGGAAUUUCCCUAGAAACUACACUCACUCCUGUGUUUAUUCACAUUCAUAGCAGACAAGCUGUAUAUCGGGGAGGCACAAAUGGCUGUGGAGUUUGAUGAGGAGACACUGCAAGAGCUGUACUCCUGGGUGGACAGAAUCCCCUUAUCCAGACCCAAAAGGAACAUUGCCAGGGAUUUCAGCGAUGGCGUGCUGACGGCUGAGCUGGUGAAGUUUUAUUUCCCUAAGAUUGUGGAAAUGCACAACUACGUGCCGGCCAAUUCCACCACGCAGAAAUUCAGCAACUGGAACAUACUGAACAGGAAAGUUCUCAGCAAGCUCAGCUUCUCUGUUCCCGACGAUGUGAUCCGAAAGAUUGUCCAGUGCUCCCCGGGGGUGGUGGAGCUGGUGCUGAAUACUUUGCGGCAGAAGAUAGAGGAGAAGCAGCGAGUAAAUCAGAUAUCUGCCGAAUUCUCCCAGGAGCAGGCACCACAGAACACUACAAACAUUCACUCCGAUAAAGCGUAUAAAAGCAACGGCACAGAACUCAGCCCAAGACCAGGUGCCAAGGCCGAUCCAGCAAGUAAAACCCACCAAGGAUACGCCCAGGCAGCCAAUGCAGACACUGCCCUGCGCUUCCAACUGGCAGAGAAAGAGCAGGCCUUGAUCCUAUCACAGGAGACGAUUCAGAUCCUGCAGGCCAAGUUGCGGAGAAUGGAGCAGCUCCUUCAGCUGAAGAACGUGCGGAUUGAUGAUCUGACCCGGCGACUCCAAGAACUGGAGAAGAAAUGACGGAACCUACUGGCCGCUCCCGGUCACAUUUAUAUAAGAUUAUGUUCUUGAGUUUUAAUAUUGUUAUAUAUGGGGAUAUGAUUGCUGUGUUGGGUAUUUAAGCUUGUAUAUACCGGCCUGCAAGGGCUUUUUACACUGGGAAAGAUUUCUUGUGCACUUCAAUGAGACCCCCAGUCACUCAUUCCUAUAUGUUCUAUAUAGUGAGCUCACUGAGGACAGAUAUACUUAGUACAAAUCACUAAGACACCCGAGUAGUCGGUCACUUGUAUAACCAUAUCUUAAAGCUAACUAUUAACAUAUCAGUGCUGUAAAGUCUAUCUAACAAGUUAUGCAGGCUCCCUUUAUCUCAGUGUUUAUCUCAGUGUUUGCCAUUACCAGGGAAGGCAGCUAGGGGGAGUGUUUUGAAAUGACUUCUUUUGCACAGAAAGCAUAAGAGAAAGAAUUUUCCCCAACUGCCCACUCCUCUGAGACCCCAGCAAAGAAUGCAGCCAGUUAUUACAGUAGGACUGGCAUUGCAGGAAGGCUGCAGCCCCCAUCUAGUGUGACUGCCCUACUAUGGCUCGUGUAGGACUCGGACGUCCCAGAGAAGUGGCUACCGGUCACCACCAGUGGGCGCUAUAUGCAAAGCAUAUCCUGUUCCUCUGGAUGGGAAGCACUACAAUGCAGGGUCACCAUCAGAGAUCCUGGGGCUAUUAGACAACUGCCUGAGAUUCUUAAUGGGUGGGCCUAGCCAACUGUAGAUGGGUGCUACCAUGGCAGACAGAUGUCAGGAAUAUUCUACGCACAUCCUAGUGACCUUCACAUUCCCUAUAAGCUUAAUCAGCGUUAUGCUCAGAGGUGUCAGGCAGCAGUGCAACAGCAGAGAGCACACUAUACAUCUGUAUUACCUGCUUUGUGAUAAUGAGUUCGGCUGGAGAUCUCUUAUUUAAUUAUAUUCAUGUUUUUUAGCAUUUUAUAAUGAA